AUGGCGUGUCCGGGUGAAUGUGCAAAGCACCCUCGUAAAGAUUCUGUGUACUCUGUGUGGAGGCCAGGGCCUUGCCCUGCCCACCCACCUCUGCAAUUCCUGUGCCACCUGGACAGAGGCGACCUGAAGCUCUCGAUGCCUAAUGCAGUGGGCCAGAGCCCCUCCCUGGACCCCCACAAAUCCAUCUGCCAUGGCCAACAGCCUCCACCAGAUCACAGCAGCCCCAGCGCCUCCCCCCUCAGCAUCACUUAUUCCCCCCGUGGCCAGGCGGCUCCUCCCCGACCCCUCGCACUACAUCCCCUCCAUACACCCUCCCCCACCCACCAGCUGGUGGCGCUCCGCUCUGGGCCCUGGAAGCUGGGCGCCCCGCCAUGCGUAGAGGUCAGACUGCCUCUCUCACCUCCCCACACCGGGGAGUCCUCCCCCGAGCACACUCAGCGCCAGGGGCUCUCGCUUCUCGUACCCCAGACGCAGAGCCCACCCGUCUUGCCCCCGCCCACCCGGGAGCCGGAGCCCCCUAACUGCCACGAGCGUCCUCCCCCCCCCACCCCACGCCCCGCCCUGCCGGGAGCUCCCCUAACGCCUACCGCACCCGCGCCCGGGAGUCCUCCCCAUCGACCCCCGCCUCAGCCUUCCUCCCGCCACACGCCGCAGCCGUUAGCCCUCCCCUCCCGUCUCGGCCCCGGGGGUGGGGCCCGCCCUUCCCGUCCUUCCCGUCCUCCCCACCCCCGCAGCCAGUCGUCCUCUCCUCUGGCCCCCAAAGCCGGCCCCACCCGACCAGCAGGAAGCCCUCCGUUCAGGCACCCCCCACGCUUAGCCAUUAGCCCCACCCUCUGCACCCCGACUCCAGAACGCCCCCCACCAGCCACCCCGGAAGCCAGCAGUCCUCCCCUCUGA